GCAACUGUCUUCCCCAGGGAGAGAGAUCCGAAUCUCGCUCCAAUUCUCGAUCGCUUACUCACGAUUUCGAAGAAUCUUGGUGGUGGAUCUUCGUCAUCUCUGCUUUAAUUACAUGGCGCCUAGAUGGAAAUGGAAAGGUGCUGAAGGAAAAGCUCUUGCAGAACCUAUUUCUAAAUCAGUCUCAGAGCUCCAGCUCUCUCUAGCUGAAACAGAGUCCUCGGGUACCUUAUCGAGUUCCAAUGUACUUCUAGCGGUUGAGCCAGAACAAGCUGAGCUUCUUGACCGUUGUUGUUUUGGCAGACUCGUUCUAUCUGCAGAGAAAGUCAAGAAAUGGAUUCAGUUAUCUUUUGAAGAAGCUUUCUUUUUGCACUACAAUCUCAAAUGCAUUAAAAUCUCACUUCAAGGUCGUUGCUUGGAGAAUGAAGUAGAUACAUGGCUCUACAUGAAAUCAAAAAGACCAAACUUCCCAAUGUUUUUCAAAGCUUAUUCACAUUUACGAUCGAAGAAUUGGGUGUUGAGAUCCGGGUUGCAAUACGGUGUGGAUUUUGUGGCAUACCGUCACCAUCCAUCUCUUGUCCACUCUGAAUACUCAGUUUUGGUUCAGUCUGGUGACAGUGAUCGGUUAAGAGUGUGGUCAGAUAUCCAUUGUGCUGUUCGGUUAAGUGGAAGCGUUGCGAAAACGUUGUUGACUCUCUAUGUCAAUGGUAACUUCAAAGGAGAGGAUUUGAAUCUACCUGUAUGUUUGGAGAACUUCACAGUGGAAGAACAGACGAUAAGUAGAUGGAGUCCAGAACUCAAUCGUGAAGAUGAAUUCACAAAUUCAAAACAAAAUGUUACCAAUGUGAGUAAUUUGAAAACUCUUUGACGAACCAUUCCCGGGAAACUUACUGGU